AAAAAACAUCCCCCAUCCUUUUUUCUCUCUCUUCGUUUUUUCCUUCUCAUUCGACAAGUACGAAGAAGAAGGAGAAGAAGAAAGGGAAUUUAGUGAGAGAAAGUUUAGAGAGAGAGUUGAACCCACAGUUUUCAGCUAAAACCACUGUGAUGGCAAUUUCUAGGGUUUUGUGAAUUUGAUAAGAAAUUCAGAGGAAAGAGGAAAUCUGAACUCUGAGAUGGAAAUGCCAGGUAGACGAUCGAAUUAUACUUUGUUGAGUCAAGUUCCCGACGAUAAUUUCCUUCCUCCGCCGUCGAAGUACGGAGGUGGCGGCGGAGGAGCUCAGUAUUACGAGUCUCAUUCUGGCGAGAAGAGUAAUAAAGGCAAAGGAGUAGGUGAUAAUAGAGGAUAUGAUUGGGAUUUGAUUGAUCACCGUAUGAUGCAAGCGCCGACGACAAGUCGGAUCGGUGCGGCGGCACCGUUUCCAGUUUCGAUUGGUUUACAGAGGCAAUCGAGUGGGAGUAGCUUCGGUGAGAGUUCGAUCUCCGGUGAGUAUUACAUGCCGUCGUCGCUUUCUAAUGCUGAAGCAUCGUUUGGAUAUCCCAAUGACGGUGGCGGUGGCGGUGCUGAAUUGAGGAUGAAGCCGUUGGAUGCUGCUAACUUGUGUGGCUCAUCUUCUAAGAGUUGGGCACAGCAGACCGAGGAGAGUUACCAGCUGCAGUUAGCAUUGGCUUUACGGCUUUCUUCAGAAGCUACUUGUGCUGAUGAUCCCAAUUUCUUGGAUCCUGUGCCUGAUGAAUCCGCUUCCCGUGCUUCUGCUUCAGCUGCUUCAGUCGAGACCGUUUCCCAUCGAUUCUGGGUAAAUGGAUGCUUAUCGUACUAUGACAGAGUGCCUGAUGGAUUUUACUUGAUUCAUGGGAUGGAUCCAUAUGUCUGGAUUGUCUGCUCAGAUCUGCAAGAAAGUGCCCGCAUUCCAUCUAUUGAAUCAUUGAGGGCUGUUGAUCCCUCUGUAGUACCAUCACUUGAAGUGAUUUUGAUUGAUCGGCGUAGUGAUCCUAGCUUGAAGGAACUGCAGAAUCGGAUCCAUAACCUCUCACCUAGUUGCAUCACAACAAAAGAGGUUGUUGAUCAGCUCGCUAAGGUAGUCUGCAAUCAUAUGGGGGGCACAGCUUCUGCUGGAGAAGAUGAGUUGGUUCCUAUGUGGAAGGAGUGCAGUGAUGACCUGAAGGAUUGUCUAGGAUCUGUCGUGCUUCCCAUUGGUAGCCUGUCUAUUGGCCUUUGUAGGCAUCGAGCUUUGCUAUUUAAAGUGCUAGCUGACAUCAUUGAUUUACCAUGUCGAAUUGCGAAAGGAUGUAAAUAUUGUAAUAGAGCUGAUGCUUCCUCAUGUCUAGUUCGAUUUGGACUUGACAGGGAGUACCUGGUUGAUUUGAUUGGGAACCCUGGAUGUUUAUGUGAACCAGAUUCCUCGCUCAAUGGCCCAUCUUCUAUCUCAAUUUCUUCACCAUUGCGAUUUCCGAGAUUCAGAGAAGUUGAACCAACAAUUGAUUUCAGGUCAUUUGCCAAACAGUAUUUCUCAGAUUGUCAAUCGCUUAAUCUUGUGUUCGAGGAUCCUUCAGCAGGAGCUGCUGUUGAUGGAGAUUCAGGACAAACUGACCGAAAUAAUAUGGAGAGAAAUAGUGUAGUCCCUAGUUCAAGUAACCAUGAUGAAAUUUCUCGGUUACCUGUCCCUCCAGUUGGGCAUGGAGAUACUCAACCACUGAUGGCAUUAUCAGACCCAAGAGGAAGAGGGAAUGAUAUGAGGUUUCUCGAUGGAGGAAGUCAACUUGUUCCUGCUAAACAAAGUAGAGACCUUGCCCUUGAAGUAGAAGAAUUUGAUAUUCCCUGGGAAGAUCUUGUUCUGAAGGAGAGGAUUGGGGCAGGGUCUUUUGGUACCGUUCACCGUGCUGAUUGGAAUGGCUCUGAUGUUGCUGUGAAGAUUCUCAUGGAACAAGAUUUUCAUGCGGAGCGAUUCAAGGAAUUUUUGCGGGAGGUUGCAAUUAUGAAGCGAUUGCGACAUCCAAAUAUUGUGCUUUUUAUGGGUGCUGUCACUCAGCGACCAAACUUGUCCAUAGUUACAGAAUAUUUAUCAAGAGGGAGCUUAUACAGACUUCUUCAUAAACCUGGUGCGAGGGAGGUUUUGGAUGAAAGGCGUCGGUUGUCUAUGGCUUACGAUGUGGCAAAGGGGAUGAAUUAUCUACAUAAGCGCAAUCCUCCCAUUGUUCAUAGAGAUUUAAAAUCUCCAAAUCUUUUAGUGGACAAGAAAUAUACAGUGAAG